AGCAAUUUGAGGUUAUUGACAAUUUUUAUUUUCUAAUUUGUUUUUAGAUACAAAUAGUGCCUUCUAACCGUCCAAUAUAAUAAUAAUAGUAAUGAAUAUAAACUUAGAAAUCCGAAAAUUACCUUUGGCAGAAAAAUCCAGAAUUGUUGAAUAUCUGGAGGAGGAAGAAUCCUGGAAAAAACUGAUGUCGAUCAUUCCUUCCACCUUAACUGAGGAUUAUCGGAGCGAUAUAUCGCUAAAUAAUCCUCCAAAAUAUCGAUCGGAACAUUUCCAUAUUAUACAAAACGCGUCAAAUUUGACGAAACGGUUCUGUUCGGAGAUUUUGUUGAGGGAAUGGGCGACAGCGGGAAGAAUUCGGCCUGCGUUGGGCCACUUAAAAUACCUCUUGGAAAAGGCGCAACUUUUUCAUGCCGCUGAUUUCGUCACUGUUGACCUUCUCAAACAGCAGAAAACCAGGCCCACUAAAGGACCAGGGGUCAAAUUUUACAAAGAGCACUUCUCGAUUGCGCACAAACUGUUUGCACAGAACUCUUCUACAGGACCCCCUGAUUACGUUCCUUACCUUCAAAAGUUGUGGAAAUGCUUCCUUGUGUCACAAAAAAAUAUUUAUUCGUACCUAAAAUUGUUAUUAGCGAAUCUCCUGAAGUUGAAGAGGCAAAACCCACAUUUAACGUCCCAGUGGUUGUUCAAAACGAAAGAAAUGUCUGAGUCAGAUUUAAUUAAAUUUUCUAAAAGUAUAGUUGAAAGUGAUAAUAACGUGCCUAACAAGAUCCCAGAUUUGACUUCGCUUUUAGAAAGUUGUCGAUCAAACAGUGAACAUGUAAGCAGUUCAUCCAACAAUAUACCUCUAGUUGUUGAAGAUAUGAGUGAAGACAGCUCUAGCGACAAUAUUCAGCCUAACAUAUCUUCACUUUUGGGCAAUUCAAGCGAGGUGAUUAUUCCAGCUCUGAGUGACUUGAGUCCAGAAAGCUCGAUGUCUUCUUCUUCGAAUUUUCCAGCUUUAAGCCACCUUUUGGGAGGUUCGGACUCUAUCGCAAACAAAAUGCGUUCUUGUGCAUCGCCUUUACCUAAUUUGUCUCUAAAUACCCCUUUACCACACUUCACUUAUGCUCAGUUAGAAAACGCCACCUGUAAAUUCGAUCAAAUUCCUUUAAUUGAGGGUGGGAGGUUUCUAGGUUCUGGUAGUUUUGGCCAAGUUUAUUUGGCUAAAGAUUUGUUCAAUCAACCAGUGGCUGUCAAAAGACUGACUCUGGAGAAUGCUGAGGUUGUACAGAUUGAUGAUAGGGUAACUAAGCAGUUUAUAACAGAAGUGGAGAUCCUGAGCAAAUACAAGCAUGAGAAUUUAGUAUCUUUAUUGGGUUACUCGUGUGACGGUUUGACGUACUGUUUAGUCUACGAGUAUGUGGUUGGAGGAGCCUUAAAAGAUCGCCUGGAGGUUAUCAUUUUAGUAAUUUAAUUAAUCUGGACGGAAAGGCUAUACAUUGCUUUAGGUACAGCGAGGGCUAUUGCAUAUUUACAUACGGCAUAUUCUACACCUUUAAUUCACAGGGACGUGAAAAGUGCAAAUAUUUUGUUGGAUGUUACCAACAAGCCAAAGUUGUGUGACUUUGGAUUGAUCAAACAUUCUUUAAAUCAGAGUACAAACACUGUCACCACAAUCAUAGGAACUUCUGCUUAUAUGGCUCCAGAAGCUUUCAGAGGUGACGUAUCGCCAAAGCUAGACACAUUUAGUUUUGGGGUUGUUUUACUCGAGCUUUUAACAUCUAAACCACCAAUGGAUGAUAAUAGAGAAGGAAAAGAUCUGGUAACACACGUGGAUGACACUUGCAGUGAUGACAUAACGCCCUUGUUAGAUGUGUCAGUAGGUUCUUGGUCUGCUAACGAAAUAAAUUUUGGGCAGAAAUUAUACGAAAUUGCCCAAAGUUGUUUGCAGGAAAAAAAGCAAAGACCUUUGAUGGCUUCAGUUUGUAGUAAUUUGGGCGAACUUAUUGAAAAAUCUGCAUGAAGCAAGACAAGAAAUGAAUGCCAUUUUCAACGAGGAAAAGAAGAAAAACUCAUCAAAUAAACCUUUAACUUGAUCGUGAUGAACCUUAAUAUGUCUUUGUACAUAGUUUCCCAGGCUUUUGCAAUGUAUAUACAGUAUUGUUUAUUUUAAAGAAGAAUAUAUAUUUUAUACAUAAUUAAAA